CUUACACGUGUUUGGCAGGGUAGUCACCCUCUGCCAUGGACGAAUACAACGCCCUCAAGGAUCUGCAUAAUAUACUCCCGCCAUUCCAGCCAAUCAUCCCAGUCAGUCUGCUGCCAUACAUCGCACUAGUGCUGCUUUCGGCCACGUUUACACUGGCGUUCUACUUUUCAACGCUACCCAAAGACACGAUACCUAUACGGGAAAUGGUGGUGGCAUCUACCGCGAGCAUCUUGGGCGGGUUCGGGGUGGUCGCGCUGUUCUGCACAGUCGGGGUGUACGUCUAGUUGUUCACGCGCCAGCCGUGUUUGCACGAGACGCACUGGCACCAGUCAGGAUCGUGGUUGACAUUUGGAAGGGAU